CUCUCUAAGCGGUCAGGGUGGAAGAAAAAGGGGGUUCCUUCCUAGGCUGGUCAGUGGGGGUUCAAUAACAGUAGAGAAGCAAUGGUACAAUACAAAUAAAAAGCCAUUCCUUUACUUUUAUUGCCCAAAACUGUUUGUUAGCUGGUUAUGUUGUUUAUUUAUUUAUUUAUCUUCUAGUAUUUUUGUCUUGUUCUCCUUUAUGGCCAUUACUCUUCUCUUGUGAUUUUUGUUGUUGUUGUCUUGACUUUGACUCAUUCCUUUUAUUUAUGUUUAUAUAAAAUGUAAAAUUCAAUUGCCUUGACUGGAAAGCACUUUUGAUCAACUCCUGUUUUUUUUUUUAAAUGUGCUAUACAAAAGCAAAUUACUUGACUUGACUGAAGAUCUAAUACGAGCUGUUUUUUUUCAGAUUUACAUGACAUGAAGUCAUUUGGCAGAUGCCUUUGUCUAGGAUUUUGUUUAAAGUGGCAAUUCUGUUAAAUAUAUACUCUACGCACCUUCACAAUAACCACCUGUGUUCCUUCAUAGCGGUUCCCAGGAGGUGUGUGUGAAUGUAUAUGUGUAUGUAUAUGUAAUGUCUGUGUGUGUGUGUUUGUGUGUGUGUGUGAUGGUAAUCUGUGUGUGUGAGUGUGCUUUUUCUGGUAAGGGGCCAGGUGUUUAAAAGCAGGGCCACUCAAAGAGACUCUCAGAGAUUUCAGGCAGAGGAAGGAAAAAGACAAACGAGAUGAAGACUCUCAUCGCUGUGCUCCUGUGCACUGCUCUGUGCUGGGACGGGCUUAACGCUCAGUGCCCUGAGCCCGCCACCCUGAAGGACGUCAAUGGCGCCAAGGUCUGCGCCCGCAUGUUUGAGGACAGCAACAUCAUCUACGCAGAGAGCUGCGGAGGCGACAGCCUCGAUGCCUUUCCCGACGACGAUAUACCCACUAUCCCCUGGCGCUGGAACAACCGCGUCUCGUCGCUCGUCGUGAACCGGGGCUGCUCCCUCACCGUCUGGGGCCGCUACAGGAAGCAGGGCACCAAGCGCAAGUUCAGCGCUGGCAUCCAGCACCGCCUGAAGGACGUGGGGCAGGGGCUGGGGAUACUCCGUGACUGGGACAACGACAUCUCGGGAUACUGGUGUGUCUGCUAGAAGCAGAGAGGGACUAGGUGCAAUUUACUCUCACUGGAGAGAGAUUGGUUGGAUGGUGUGAGAGAAGGAGAAACGAGAUAGAAGAAAGAAAGAUGAAGAUGAAUGCACUAGAAGACGAAUGUGCUGAAAGAUGCUUGUAAAAGUGUUCUGGUUUGUGGGAAUCCAAUAAAACUCUUCACUGCUUGUGAUUUUCUGUGUCUUCUCUGGCUUUUAUUUGAGAGUUUGUAAUUCUGGAGGGGUCAUAGUUUCCCUUUUUUAAUGGUAGUGCAGGGGAGCAGUGAACUACAUGGAAUUAAACUAAUAACUACAUUUUGCAGAAGCUUGCCGAUAGUUGAGCUACAUUCAUAUUUGCAUACUGAUUUGCACUGAUAGAGACUUUUUGGGGCAUUUUUUGUGUGGUUAACUACUAAAACUAGAAACAAUUUUGGAAUGGCUUUUUAUUUUGCCAUUGCUUCUCUACUGUAGUUGACCCCCCUUUGACCAGCCCCACCCACUUUUUCUUUCACCCUGACUGCUUAGAGAGACUGCUCAUGUGUCCUAUGAACAAGAGAUUCUGCUCUGACAAGUAAAAAGACAUUGAAGCGUUUCUGGCAGCCGUAGGCAGUCCUGGCGGGGCCCAGCUCGUCCUGGGUGAAGCGCUUUCGCCGAACGCGGUCCAUCAUCUGGGACUACCAAAGCACACUGGGAUGGUUAGCACACUGACAGCUUUCAAACCCAAUGCUAUUGGCUAAGCCUGAGAUCCCAACCACCUCUUACUCGUUACUUUCAUAAUUAAUAUGACAUGAUGAUAUGGGUACGCUGAGGCCAACCUGGCAUCUGACAAGACAUUUCUGUCUGCAUGUGGACACUGAACGACUCUACUCUAUACUU